AUGCAGCACGCACGUCAGCUGCGAUGGCCCACGGAGAAAGAGAAUAUGCCAGCGAGGGUCAUGACCAAACCACGGGUAUCAGGGUUGCCAUCACCCCGUAAGAUGUGCUCACACUCUGGCACGGCUGGUGUAACUGCGCGGGACAAAGACAUUCAGCGGCAGAAACUCGAGAUCAGCACGAAAGCUACACGACCCACAAAUGCUACAAAGACUAUUGCAUAUUUGCAGCAUAGUCUUGCAUCUGCAAACAAGGAGUUAUCGGUGGCGCACAACAAAGUGAAGCUGUAUUACUCACUGUUACGAAACGAGCGCCGCAAAGCUGCUCGUGCAAAGGCUGCUGCUGCUCAAGCUUCUGUGGAGGUUCAGAAGCUACAGGGAGAUCUAAUCCCAAACAUGCAGAGACAGGCUGCUGCUCACGUUCGGAGGUUGGUUAAGGAGAGCACAGCACAGAUUGCCGCACUUGAAAAAUGCGCUGAUUCCAGUGCAAGUGAUAUUUAUCAUCUUCCAGCCGACCUUGCAGAAACCCGCAAAAAGGUCCGUGCCUUGCAAAUGCGUGUCCUGCGGGUGUCUCGGGCACUCGGACGAGUACUGGUGGCAAAGGGCCACAUGGAAUCAAAAACCUCGCCUGCAAAGCGUCUGUUGCAGAGGGCCGUGCUUGAAGGGGGUGUAGCAGCAAAAGUGCAACUUGGGGUUGAAAUGAUGGCGACUGAAAAGUGA